CCUAUUGAAGCCAAACACUAAGACUUUUUUCUGUGAUAAACAUUCUACAUUGUAUCUGUAUCUUCUGCAAUUUCCUGUUUCAUAGCCACAUUAUUAUUGCGAUGGUGAGAACAUUCACCAGCUUGGCCCUUAUGGCCAUGAUGCUAAGAUUGUCCAUGGCUGCUAAUUAUACUGUCGGUGGUCCAAAUGGUGGAUGGGAUGCAACCACAAACCUGCAAGCUUGGGCAGCAUCAAAUAAAUUCUUAGUUGGAGAUAACCUCAUCUUCCAGUAUGGACUCGUGCAUGAUGUGAAUGAAGUUUCAAAGGCAGACUAUGACUCCUGCCAGAUAACUAGCCCACUAAAGUCAUACAGUGGUGGCACAACAGUCAUCCCUCUUUCUUCUCCUGGCAAGAGAUACUUCACCUGUGCAACACCAGGACAUUGUGCCGGAGGUAUGAAGCUUGAAAUAGACACUCUUGCAACUUCUACCCCACCACUGGCCUCUCCCUUAACCCCGCCACCAGCUUCACCAAGCCUUCCAUCACCUCCAACUACUUCGACUCUACCACCUGCUUCCACCGACAUUCCUCCCGCUUCCUCUCCACCUCCAGAAAUUUUUAAUCUCUCACCAUCACAAUCACCAGAAAUGACUCCAACAAUGUCUCCUUCAGCCCCGCGUACCUCGCCAUUGACCAGUCCUACACCAUCUCCUGCAACUGCCCCUUCUAUAGAUGGUUUUAUGAAAACACCUCUCGCGUCAUCAGCUAGCAAAGAAAGUUUGCAAAGCAGUCUCACAAUGGGAAUCAGCCUAGUUAUCAUGAUGAUACUUCUAGCUAUCUAAGCAUUGAAAGAAGAUUCUCCAGACACUCCCUUUUCUGAGUUAAUACUUUAAGCUUGAGCAUGAGCAUAUUUAACUUGUAUUUCUUUCAAUGUAUCUGAUGUUUUCUGAAUUCGAAUGAAACAUUCUUGAAAAACAGUUAA